CGCUCCGCGGAGCCCAGCAGGAAGAAGGGCGCUAGCGGGCGAGUGCAGGCGGCGCGAGCGGAAAAAGCGCCCGCACGGGGGAACGAAAAGAAGAAAAGAAAGAAAACAAGCGCGAGAAGGGAAAAGCGAGCGAUCGAGCGAGUGCGCGCGCGAAAACUCCCGACAGCACUUUCAUUUGGACCCUUGGAUGCCCAUUGAACAGAUGCUUGAGAACUGCAAGUAAUCUUCAGACUGUAGCAUAACUAUAAGGCCUGUCCUCUGUGUGGGGAGGAGAUCACCCAUGUGCUGUGGAAAUGAACGGGGAGCAGCAGAUUGAUGCAGAUGCUGGAUCUGGAGUGGAAGAAGUGGAAUUAAGCUGGGAAGACUAUCUAGAAGAGACAGGAUCCACAGCAGUUCCCUACGGGUCUUUUAAACAUGUGGACACACGUUUGCAGAAUGGAUUUGCUCCUGGGAUGAAACUGGAGGUGGUUGUGAAAACCGAUCCUGAAACCUACUGGGUUGCCACCAUCAUUACCACCUGUGAGCAGUUGCUCCUCCUCCGCUACGAUGGCUACGGGGAGGACCGGAGAGCAGACUUCUGGUGUGACAUCAGGAAGGCUGACCUCUACCCCAUUGGGUGGUGUGAGCAGAAUAAGAAGACCCUCGAAGCCCCGGAAGGCAUCAGAGAUAAAGUGUCUGAUCUGGAUGAGUUUCUGCGGCAGACCCUGAUGGGAGCAUGUAGUCCUCCUGUUCCGCUGCUAGAGGGCCUCCGUAAUGGGAGGAAUCCUUUAGAUCUCAUUGCUCCAGGUUCCAGGCUGGAAUGUCAAGCUUUCCAGGACUCUUUAAGUACUUGGAUUGUUACUGUAGUAGACAACAUUGGAGGAAGGCUGAAGCUGCGUUAUGAAGGACUUGAGAGUUCUGAUAAUUUUGAACAUUGGUUGUAUUACUUGGAUCCAUUUCUUCAUCAUGUUGGUUGGGCUGCUCAACAGGGAUAUGAGCUUCAGCCCCCAUCAGCCAUCAGACAUCUGAAAACUGAAGUUGAGUGGCAAGAGAUCUUGGCCAAAGUGAAAGAGGAGGAGGAAGAGCCAUUACCAUCUUACUUAUUUAAGGAUAAACAAGUGAUCGGCGCUCAUUCAUUCUCUGUAAAUAUGAAAUUGGAAGCUGUGGAUCCCUGGUCUCCUUUUGGGAUCUCUCCUGCUACAAUUGUUAAGGUUUUUGAUGAGAAGUAUUUUCUGGUGGAAAUGGAUGAUUUGCGACCAGAGAAUCGUGCACAGCGAUCCUUCGUGUGUCAUGCUGACAGUCCUGGUAUUUUCCCUGUGCAGUGGGGUCUGAAGAAUGGUUUACACAUCAGUCCCCCUCCUGGCUACCCAGGCCAGGACUUUGAUUGGGCCGACUACCUCAAACAGUGUGGUGCUGAAGCUGCUCCCCAGAGGUGCUUCCCUCCGUCAAUUUCUGAGCAUGAAUUUAAGGAGAACAUGAAGCUUGAGGCAGUGAACCCUCUUCUCCCUGAAGAAGUGUGCGUUGCCACCAUUACUGCAGUGAGAGGCUCCUACCUGUGGCUCCAGUUGGAGGGUUCUAAGAAACCCAUACCUGAAUUUAUUGUGAAUGUGGAAUCCAUGGAUAUAUUUCCUUUGGGCUGGUGUGAAACCAAUGGCCAUCCCCUCAGCACUCCUCGCCGAGCACGAGUACACAAACAGAGGAAAGUUGCAGUGGUUCAACCAGAAAAACAAAUACCAUCCUCAAGGACUGUCCAUGAGGGUCUGAAGAAUCAGGAGCUGAGCUCCGCAGACUCAGUUAUGAUUAAUGGAAAAUAUUGCUGUCCAAAGAUAUACUUCAACCACCGUUGCUUCUCAGGGCCAUAUCUUAACAAAGGAAGGAUCGCUGAGCUGCCUCAAUGUGUGGGACCCGGGAAUUGUGUCCUGGUCCUCAGAGAGGUCCUCACUUUACUGAUCAAUGCAGCCUAUAAACCCAGUCGUGUCCUUCGGGAGCUGCAGCUGGACAAAGACUCUGUGUGGCAUGGAUGUGGGGAAGUCCUCAAGGCCAAAUACAAAGGAAAGAGUUACCGGGCUACUGUCGAGAUAGUGAAAACAGCAGAUCGGGUGACUGAAUUCUGCCGGCAAACCUGUAUCAAACUGGAGUGCUGUCCUAAUCUCUUUGGUCCACGGAUGGUUCUGGAUAAGUGUUCAGAGAACUGCUCUGUACUUACAAAGACUAAAUAUACACACUACUAUGGAAAGAAGAAAAAUAAAAGAAUUGGGAGGCCACCUGGUGGGCAUAGUAACUUAGCAUGUGCCCUGAAAAAAGCGAGUAAGAGGAGAAAGAGGCGAAAAAAUGUUUUUGUUCAUAAGAAGAAACGCUCCUCUGCAUCUGUUGAUAAUACCCCAGCGGGCUCUCCCCAGGGAAGUGGAGGUGAAGAUGAGGAUGACCCAGAUGAAGGGGAUGAUGAUUCCCUAAGUGAGGGCAGUACAUCUGAGCAACAGGAUGAGCUACAGGAAGAGUCAGAAAUGUCAGAAAAAAAAUCAUGCUCCUCCUCUCCCACCCAAAGUGAGAUAUCCACAUCACUGCCUCCAGACAGACAGAGAAGAAAAAGAGAGCUUCGCACUUUUUCAUUUUCUGAUGAUGAGAAUAAACCUCCUUCACCAAAGGAAAUAAGGAUUGAAGUUUCUGAAAGGCUUCACCUGGACAGUAACCCCCUGAAGUGGAGUGUGGCGGAUGUUGUGCGGUUCAUCAGAUCCACCGACUGUGCUCCGCUAGCAAGAAUAUUCCUAGACCAGUCCUGGAAGCGCGAAGUCCAGAAUCCAGGUGUCAGCGGGGCCAUACCCCCUCCACUGGCUCUAGGGGGAGAAUCCUUGCCUCUUCUACUUCUGGUGGCUUCAGAGGUUCCUAGGCUCCUGUCUUCACAAGGCCGCCUUCUUCUCCGCUCUUCUCUCUCAUGAGGGUACUUGUAAUUCGAUUUAGGGACCCCCCACACCUCCCGUUAAUUGAGGAUUAUCUCUUCUCAAGACCUUUAACUCAAUUACAUCUGCAAAGACCCUUUUUCCAAGUAAGGUCACAUUCACAGGCAUUGAGGGUGAAGAUUUGGACAUACCUUUUUGAGGACCACUCUUCAGUUGCCAGCCACAUUUGGAGUGGGGGGAACUCAGCUAUAUGUUGCUCACAGUAGACCCACGUUAAAUAUAAAGUUGAAAGAAAGGAGAUUGAAAAAGAUGUACCCUACAAGUUCUGACCAAAAGAAUGUACUCUCUGGAUUUUAUACACUUUACCUCUUCCAAAAGAUGUAUUUUAAUUCAAAAAUGAGUAAGAUUGGAAAAGAAGGGAGCUGUGUUUCAGGCAAGUUAAAUGAUGUGCAGUGUAAUUACACUGAAAGUUCCUUGAGGGCAGGGACUAUGUUUGUGUUAUGCGUUUUAGUAUCCCCAGCACAGAGUACCUGCUGGCUGUGGGUGGGAUGGGGAGGGGAAUGGGUGGGCAGGUGGGUGGGUAAGGUGACUGGGAAGCCUGGGAAGAGGCAGUCUCACUGGCAUGGGAAAGCAGUCAUGAGGACCUGGACUAGUUCAGUGGUAGAAACGGGGAAAGGGACACAUCCAAAUGACUCCUCAAUUGCAGAGUUGGUGGGAGAGAUUGACAGAGUCAGGGGAGGAGACUGUGGAGGCCCCAGAGGUGAGGAGACUUCCAUUCUAUGCAGAAACGGGGAAGCCAGGCAGGACUGGCAGGGUGGGCAGGAGACACGACUCUGCGGGACCAGGCUGUACUUGGAGGGUCACUGGGGGCCAGGGCUGGGGGAGGAGGCUGAUGAACCCUUGGCAUAGAAACCCUGAGAGGGGGGGCUUCUCCCCAAGGGUCAAGCAGAGGAAGGAGAGCCUGUGGAGGGAGGAGAGAGCCAUUGGGAGGUAGAAAGGAGCCACAGAGGAACACUCAGAACAUUGGGGGGAUUCCUAGAACCCUUCUAGAACCCUGAGCUGCCUGCAGGCGCAAGAAGGAGGCUGGUGUGGAGAGGUCAGGUUGUGGCUGGCAGACCCUAGGUCACACGCUUCUCAGACACCAGGACCAGGAUGGGGUGGCUGGGCCCCAGGUCUGGGAAGAGUGGACACAGAGGGGAGGAGAGGGAAGACGGUCCACGACAGGGCCUGCAGGGUGUGGUUUGCUUUCCUGAGCACAUGUUCUGUGCCAGCUGCUUCCACCUGUUUUCUCUUGCUUAAUUUUGAGGUCAACCUGCUAGAUCAUAGAGGCCCCCCUCCUUUUUUUCUUUUUACAUAAAGUCACAUAGUAGCAGAGGACUCACAGCGCGUCUCUCUGGCUAUUGGCCGCUACUGCUUUUCUGGCGAUGGGGCCCCACACCUGUCUCUGGGACGUGUGUGCGUGAAGGCAGACAGCCUUCUGGGAGCCCCCCGAGGGCUGCGCGCCCCAACGGCCCCCUUGUCUGUCCCCCACUCUCAACACCCCCCCACCCCCCCUUCUUUGUCUCAUGAGGGCCUCUCUUGGGCGCUGCUCCGUCAACCUUGGGUUCCAGCUCCAGUGUCGCGGAGUGUCAGGGGCCUGACCUACCUUUGAGGUGUGCCUGCUUCCCCUCCACUAGCCCUCCGGCCUCAGGGGACGU